AUGAUUAACACUUGGCCUCUGUCCUCAGAGCUUACAGACUAAAUGAACCUCUCCGAAUCAGCAUCCCAUUCUGAAUCAGUGCGUGAAUUCAUCCUUCUGGGUUUUCCCUGCAGUAGGGAGAUUCAGGUCAUUCUGUUUAUGUUCUUCUCCAUCAUCUACCUCCUGACUCUCAUAGGAAAUGGAGCCAUUAUCUGUGCUGUGUGCUGGGACCAGCAUCUCCACACCCCCAUGUACAUCCUGCUGGGGAAUUUUGCAUUCCUGGAGAUCUGGUAUGUCAACUCCACUGUUCCAAACACACUGAUCAACUUCCUCUCAGCGAGCAAGGCCAUCUCUUUCACUGGUUGCUUCCUUCAAUUGUAUUUUUUCUUUUCCAUGGGCUCCACUGAGUGCUUCUUUCUCUCAGCAAUGUCAUUUGAUCGAUACUUUGCCAUCUGCCAUCCUCUGCAUUAUGCCACAAUUAUGACUGAUAGACGUUGUUUCAACCUAGUGAUUGCUUGUUGGAUAUGUGGCUUUCUCUGGUAUCUGGUGCCUGUUAUUCUCAUUUCCCAACUGCCUUUCUGUGGUCCUAAUGCAAUUGAUCACUUUGUAUGUGACUCAGGCCCACUGCUGACCCUUUCAUGUGUUCCUGCUCCCAUGUCCAAGCUCACCAGCUAUACUCUAAGCUCCCUCAUCAUCCUCCUUAGCUUCCUUUUCAUCCUCAUCUCCUAUGCCCUGGUUCUACUUGCUGUUCUUCGAUUGCCCUCAGCAUCCAGUCGACAAAAGGCCUUUUCCACCUGUGGGUCCCAUUUGGCUGUGGUGCUGCUGUUCUAUGGGACCAUUAUGGUGAUGCAUGUGAGCCCUGGAUCCAGCCACUCCACGUUGUUGCCGAAAAUCAUGACUUUGUUCUAUGCUAUGGUGACUCCACUCAUCAACCCUUUGAUUUACAGUCUCAGGAAUAAGGAUAUGAAAAAAGCUCUCUGGAAAGUUCUGGAAAAGUUUAAAAUUUCUUUAAAAGUCUUUGGCAGCAGGCACAGGAGGAAUGUGGGAUAA